AUUACAGCUUCCGGCUCUUUGAGGCCGCCCCUGGCGGGGCAGACUGAAGUAUUUGCUUGUGUUCGGUCUAUGGAGUCAGUUGGUACCGGCGGCGUCGCGGAGGCAGGUGGGGGUGUCCGAGUGGGGGUCUCUGCCCCGCAAGGAUGUUACCGGGCUUGGCCGCCACCACUGCGACCCACAGAUGUAGCUGGUCUUUUAUGUGCCGGCUCCGCUUGAGCUGCAGGGCAGCGGCCCGCGGCUCCAGCGACCGCCAGGAAUGGCAGAAUCUAGCGACAUUUGGAAACUUUGCUUACAUGGUUCCCUAUUACCAUCCACAUAUUUGUACACUAAGCCAAAUAAAGUUGUACUCUACAAAUAUCCAGAAAGAAGGGCAGGGAUCACAAACCCUCAGAGCAGAAAAAGUACCAUCCUUUGAUGAAACGGUUGUUCAUUGGUGGCAUUUGUGUAUGCACAGAUCCUUGGAGAUUUGGGGAAGUCCCGAAGCUCUUGCUAGAGAGAAAAAGCUGCGUAAGGAAGCAGAAAUAGAGUACAGAGAACCAACAUUUUUCCAGGAAUACAAUAAACACAUGCAUCCACGUUCCAGAACAGCAUCGGUUUUCUUCAAGGGACCAGGAAAAGUGGUAAUGGUUGCCAUUUGCAUAAAUGGUUUAAACUGCUUCUUUAAAUUUCUUGCAUGGAUUUAUACGGGUUCAGCAAGUAUGUUCUCAGAAGCUAUACACUCAUUAUCUGAUACUUGCAACCAGGGUUUACUAGCAUUGGGCAUCAGUAAAUCUGUUCAAACACCAGAUCCUACUCAUCCGUAUGGAUUUUCAAAUAUGCGCUAUAUUUCUUCACUAAUUAGCGGUGUUGGUAUUUUUAUGAUGGGUGCAGGACUCUCUUGGUACCAUGGAAUCAUGGGAUUGCUUCAUCCUGAGCCAAUGGAAUCCCUUCUAUGGGCAUAUUGUAUUUUAGCAGGAUCGUUGGUGUCUGAAGGAGCGACACUUCUUGUAGCCAUAAAUGAACUUCGUAGAAGUGCUCAAGCCAAAGGAAUGUCAUUUUACAAGUAUGUAAUGGAAAGUCGUGAUCCUAGUACCAAUGUUAUAUUAUUGGAGGAUACUGCAGCAGUCUUGGGAGUGACAAUAGCAGCCACUUGCAUGGGCCUUACUUCUAUAACAGGCAAUCCAUUGUAUGACAGCCUCGGUUCUUUGGGUGUGGGCACCUUAUUGGGUGUGGUCUCAGCAUUCCUGAUCUACACUAACACAGAAGCACUCUUAGGACGAUCCAUCCAACCAGAGCAAGUACAGCGGCUUACUGAACUCCUGGAGAAUGACCCGUCAGUAAGAGCAAUUCAUGAUGUUAAAGCCACAGACCUGGGACUAGGUAAAGUAAGAUUUAAAGCAGAAGUAGAUUUUGAUGGACGAGUUGUUACAAGAUCGUAUUUGGAGAAACAAGAUUUUGACCAGCUGCUACAAGAAAUUCAAGAAGUAAAAACUCCUGAAGAACUAGAGACAUUUAUGCUUAAACAUGGAGAAAAUAUUAUUGACACUUUAGGAGCUGAAGUAGAUAGACUUGAGAAGGAACUGAAAAAACGAAAUCCUGAAGUUCGGCAUGUAGAUUUGGAGAUACUCUAGACUUGAUGAAGUGAGUCAUCUUGGUGGGGACUUGGAGACAAGUUUCUUGGGUCUCUACAAAGCAUGCCUCCUCCUUUCUAACAUGAAGGAGCCAGCACCAUUUAGAAGCUAUUUUUUCCAAGAUGGAGCUAAUAUUUUAUGUAAAGAGCAAUUGAACAUGCCACAGAACUAGAACUACUCCCUUUUAAUCAUGUUUCUGUGCUUUAAUUGGGAACAUUUGGUUACUUAAAUUGUUUAUAAUUUCUCAUUCUAGCUUGUCAUUGUAUUAUGUAUUGCAAUCAUGUUUCUUUUCUUUGCAUUGGUAAGUGGCAUCCAUGGGAUUAUAACUUUAAAUUUUAUUUCUACUAAAGACUUUACUCGAUCAAUAUCUGACAGUCUUGAAUAUUCUGGCUGAAUAUUGUUGUGUGAUUUUUUUCAAAUGGUCACUGUUUCAAAGUUUUUCUUUCUUGAUACAAUUUGGAAAUUUUCUGUAUACUGUGUGGUUUUGACCUGAACAUCGAGUUACACUCUCUUACCUUUAUCAGCCAAAAAUGUUCAUUCCAGAAAUGACUUUGUUACUGAAUUAAGUGAAAACCUUUCAGUUUUCUCAUUUAAAUCAUAGUUAUUUUCUAAAAUUUAUUUCUCUUUCACUUUUUUUUCCUUGCUUCAAUUUUUCUGAUGCUAAGAGAUAAAUAAUCCUGGACAUUUUCAUAAGCCAGUGUGCUGAUUCUCUCUUAACUUUCCUUCCUCCCUCCCCCCACCCCUUCUCUUUCUCUCUUCUCCUCUCCUUUUCCUUCUUCCUUCCCUUCCUCCCUUCAUAAACUGGCUUAAGUAGCGUAAUGUCUAAUUACUGGGAGUUAAUGCAUUUAUAAGCAUUUUAACAUUCUGUAAAAUGGACUAGAAAUAUUUAAAAUUUUACAGAUAGAAUAGCAUUGUAUUUUUAAUUUAUUUAAAAGGUACUACUUAUGUAAAUCUGAUCUGUAGGGAUUUUUUUGUUGUUGUUGUUAUUUGCUUUGAGAGAAGUAAAUCUCUUACACUGAAACUUGUGUCAUGACUUUGUAUAGGAUUGUAGUUAAUGGUGUGUCUGUGAAUUUCUUGCAGUUACAAAUGGGCAUUUGGCAUAUUGCUAUAACAUGUAAGUGAAUAGCUUUCUGAUGACUCUGGGAUAGCAAGGUGAAAAAAACGCGUGAUUCAAGAAUUGAAAAUGUAGUGAAAAAGUGUCCUUUUCCAAAACACAGCUUUGCACUUUAUGAUCUCCAGGUAGCAGGGAGCACUGUGAGUGCGGCUGCUGCUCUCUUUGCUGGGUGAGUGCUUGACAUACGGAUCUAACUUCCUAUGCGAGGUCAGUGUCUUGAAACUUACUGAGCUGGAGUAAGUUUUAUAACUGAUUGUCAUGAAUUAUAACAGAUUGUCAUAUUGUAAACAAAAAUAAAUGUUUGAUUAAAGGGUUUGUUCUGGUAGUUUUUGAUCCAGAAUUGUCAUUUGCUGGAAAGUUAAGGGAACAUAUAUUG